AUGGCGUACGAUUGCUACUGCGCCCUUUGCGGCGUGGGAUUCUGUGGGAUGCUCAUCGAAACCCCUUCGGAGACGGCAACCGAGCGACGACGACGCUGGAUUGAAAAGAGAUCUCAGGCCCUCCAGGCGGGACAAUCCAUUGACCAGGUCCCUCGCGACGGCGAGGAGCCGGUCCGCAGCUACGAUCCCCGGAUUGUCGGGUGGGAGAAUGUCGCGUGGCUCUACAAGGCGUAUUGCCUGGGACAUAACCCUCAGGCUGCUUCAGGGAAGGGAAACUACGGCUCCGGAACGGACGACACCCCCGGACCUGUGAUCCCCUUCCACGGCUGCUGCUUUGAGAUUCUCACGCGGGCCCUGACCGGGUCGACCGAAACCACGAGCCUCGACUUGAAAGUGUUGUACGAUCUCAUGGCCGGACUGUGCAAUGAGACUGCCUCCGCACUGCAGCUGAAUUAUGGCGAGGACAUCCGGCGGGCGCAAGGGCGGUAUUGGGAAUGCAUUCCGGGCGCGGAGUACUGUGCGACACAUCCGACCGAGACUCCCGGUCUGGAACAGUUCCUCCGGACCGACAUGGUCGAGGACAGCAGUUUCCGGAAACCCUACACGGAAUUCGACCUCAACGGCCGAUCCCCCGUGAGCCCGUUCGGCAAACUCCCCCUCGAAAUUGUUUACCAAAUCUGCUCGUAUCUCCCCGGGGAUUCGCUCCGAGCACUCUCCCAAGCAUCGCUGAGCAUCCAGAGUGUCACCCAGGAUAACUGGUUCUGGAAACGAUUCAUCCAGUGGGAAAUGCCGUGGUUCUGGAAAUUCCAGACCUCCCACGGUUCGAAAUCAUUUCCUCCGGACCUCAAUUACAAGCGACUGUAUCUGUGGCUCGACAAGAUGACCGCUCCUCGCUACGGAAUGGAUGAUCUGACCCUCAUUGGCGUGGCCAACCGCCGACGUAUCUGGGGAGUCUGCGAGCAGCUUGCCGACCGGUAUGACAGGACUCUUCGGCAACAAACUGCUGUCGCAGCAUGA